AUGGCAGAGUUCUCUGCCCUGACCACCAAGUUCCGCGCCAAUCUGGACAGCCAGCAACAAGGAGGGCACAAAAUCAUCAAACGAAACCGACAACCCGUCUCCUGCCUCAACUGCAGGAUCAAGAAAUUGAAAUGCGACAAAAGUCAUCCGUGCGAGACCUGCGUCAAACGCGGUGACGAAGCUAGCUGCGUCUAUGGCAAUAUUCCUCUGCCCAAAGCGUCCGAAACGGGCAGCACCACCAAUGGCACCAACCUGGGUCAUGUGGCCAGCAAACGAGGACAAGCCCAGGACAGGCUCCGGCACCUGGAGCAGCUCGUCAUGCAAAUGGUGGGCACCACGACGGGUUCACAGCCUUCGCAAGACUCGGAACCCGCAGCGAGCCCCGGGUCUGUCCACGGUAACGACACGUCGACCCCGAGCCUCGCUAAGGAAGGACACCUUCAGUACGGCUCCUCGGAAUCGCGCUACGUCGGUUCGACGCACUGGUCCGCAAUCAUGGAAAGCAUCCAAGAACUCAAGUCGGCGCUGUCGAGCAGCAGCAACGGCCAAGGCGGCCGCCCAUCAACCACCGAGCUCGAUGAAAGCGAGGAUGUCGAGCCACCGGAGAUCGAAGGCCUGUUCGGUUCGACGAGCCACAUCUCGAUCUCGCAGGUCCUGUCCCAGGCCCUUCCUCCACGGCUACAGGUCGACCGUCGACUGUCCACCUACUUCAAUAGUCGAUAUCUGGUCAUUCCCUUCAUCCACACGUCCCAAUUUCGAAGACAAUACGAACAGUUCUGGCGCACCCCGCUGGAGAUGUCGCCCCUCUGGAUUUCCGUACUCUUCUCCAUCUGCUGCAUGUCUGCCACCUUGUCUGAAGCUCUGGGCUCCGAGCCUUCUACACCGGAAGAUCAAUUGAGCCCCCGUAUGAGCUUUCUCAAUGCUUCCUGCCAAUGCCUCCGCCUGGGCGGAUUUGUUCGGCCUAAGCGCUACGUGGUGGAAGCCCUGGGUCUGUACGCCCAGUGUGAAUACAUGGCCACGCUCGACCCAUCACGGGAAGUCAGCAUCCUCUUUCCCAUCCUCGUACGACUUGCGUACCGAAGUGGCUACCACCGCGACCCUUCACAAUUCCCUCAUUUCUCCGUGUUCGAGGGCGAAAUGAGGCGUCGCAUGUGGGCAAUGUUUCUGCAAUUCGACCUGAUGAUCUCCUUCCAACUCGGCCUGCCAAACCAGAUCCCGCCGAAUAGCUGGGACACGUUGCCUCCCUCAAACCUCCUCGACAGUGACUUCGAUGAGGAUAGCACGGCGCUGCCCCCGUCCCGGCCGGAAGAGGAACCGACACAGAUCUUGUAUUUCAUCGUCAAAACUCGUCUGAUGACCACCUUCGGGAAAGUCUGCUCGCACGCGUUAUCGUUUCGCGACCACUCCCAACAAGAAGUUAUGGAUCUCGAUCGCGAAGUCCGCGCCGUAUAUGCCACCGUGCCCGAGAUUCUCCACAUCCGUCCCAUGUCACAGUCCUUUGCCGACCCGAGCUAUCUCAUCAUGGUGCGCACGAACUGUGAAUUCCUCUACCAGAAAUCUCUCCUCGUGCUCCACCGGAAAUACAUGACACAAGGUACUCACCCAACAUCGACAAAAGUGUGCACGGACGCCGCCAUCGCCAUCACGCGGCAUAUGCUGGAUCUGCACAAGGAGUUGAAGCCUGGGGGCCAGUUGUUCCAGGACCGGUGGAUGUUGAGUUCGUUCACGAUGAACGACUUCUAUCUGGCGGCCAUGGUCCUGACCCUGGGCGUGAGUAUGUGGAGGAAGGCAAACCCCGGGAAACGACUCGAGACAUCCGGGGACGACAGAAUGGUUGAGCAGUUCCAGCUCCUGAAAGCGGCGUUUGGCAUCUGCGAGGAGCUGAGUCUGACGAGUAAUGAAGCGAAGAGGGUCGCAGACGUCCUCGAAGUGGUGCUGGGAGAGGUCACCAGUCCAGAGUCCGGCGCCGCCCCAUCGACAUGGUCAGGCUCCAUCGGUCCCAAAGCAAGGGAUCCUAUGGCAGCGACGUCAAAUACCCACCAACAACAUGGUCAAGCACAAGGACCCGCUGCCUUACCCUCCAAACCUCAUCCAUUCAUGCCACCGGCGCGCUUCACGGGUUCCGCAAUGUUCCCAAUGCAAUACGACUACACCAUGGCUCCGCUGCCGCUAUCAGACCAACAACACGACCGGGAGGAGUAUGCGGAUUAUCCGUCAUCGUCAGCCUCGUCUCAGAUGCAGCAGACUCAGAUUCAAGGCGCUCGAGGUGACGGCUUCUUCACGCCCGCCUUUAACAAUUCCAGCAUCAACGACAACGGCGGCGGCGGUGCCACCACAUUCAACCCGAAUCUGCGUCUCAUGCCGGGCCUGCAGAACCCAGGCCUCGGCGCCAACCCGUUCAUGAGCUUCCUGCCCUUCAGCGCGGCAUUUCUCCCGCAGACACCGACUCCAGGCCUGUCGGCCGCCACCGCCACCGCGACGACGACGACAACGACGACAGGGACAGGGGUGUUGUCCUCCGACGCGGCUGCUGCCGAGGAGAUGGGCGGCCUCGGGUCGAUGCCCCUGAAUCUGGACGUCGACUGGGCCUUUCUCGACCAGUGGAUGGCGCUGCCGACCCCGGACAUCCUGUCGCUGGGCGAGACCGCACUCCCACCACCACUGUCACCACCCCCGGCUCCGUCGCACGCAACCGGGUCGAACCAUCUGGCGUGGCGACCCGGACCGAACCCCGCGCAGCGCGCCGCCGACGAGGGCAGCAGCAGCAGCAGCCGCAGCCAUCAGCAAGAAAUCCAAAACUGUGCGCGCGGUCCCGGAGGAGCGGGCAUGGGCGGCGGGCUCGACGCUGCAGCGACGGACUGGACCAGCACGCCGUACGCCUUCCUCGGCGGCGAGCAGCGACAACGACAACACCACGAGCAGCUCAACGACAAUACCACGACCGGCGGCACCGCGGAUACAUUGAUGGUGGACGCCAACGAAGGCCGUGUAGGUGCCGGGGGCGCCACAACAAGCUCCUCUUCUGGACGACAAGCCACCACCACCGCUACAAUCAACAAUAACAACAACAACAACAACAACAACAACAACAACAACAACAACAACAACAACAACAACAACACGGGGCUGCACAUGGGGAUCGUCGAGUACUGA